AUGUCAACUCAAAUCCAAAAUCUCAAGACAUUUGACCCCUUCGCGGAGGCCGACGACGAUACUGGGGAAUCCAAGCAAACCCAGAACUACAUCCACAUCCGCAUCCAACAGCGCAAUGGUCGUAAGACUCUGACCACUGUUCAAGGCCUCCCGAAGAAGUUCGACCAGAAGAAGAUUCUCAAGGUGAUCAAGAAGAAGUUCGCCUGCAAUGGCACCAUCGUCGCCGAUAGUGAGAUGGGCGAGGUGAUUCAGCUCCAGGGUGAUCAGCGAAAGGAUGUGCAAGAGUUCUUGGUCGCCAAAGAUGGCCUCGAACUCGAUGCGAAGACUAUCAAGGUACGACACAUUCUCACUACAAUCGUCGCUGCAAACUACUGA